AUGUCGUCAAAACUGCCCUCCGUCCUUGCCGCGACCGACGAGGAGAUCCAGCUCCUCCUCGCGGCGCAGGCCCACAUUGGCUCGAAGAACUGCGACAAGCAGAUGCUCCCGUAUGUCUGGAAGCGGAGAGCUGAUGGUAUCCAUAUCCUCAACAUCGGCAAGACCUGGGAGAAGCUCGUCCUCGCGGCGCGCAUCAUCGCGGCGAUUGAGAACCCGAACGACGUCUGUGUCAUCUCCGCGCGCCCGUACGGGCACCGCGCGGUGCUCAAGUACGCCGCGAACACGGGCGCGCAGGCGAUCGCGGGGCGGUUCACGCCCGGUUCGUUCACGAACUACAUCACGCGCUCGUUCAAGGAGCCGCGCCUGAUCGUCGUCACCGACCCGCGCGUGGACCACCAGGCGAUCCGCGAGGCGAGCUACGUCAACAUCCCCGUUAUCGCCUUCUGCGACACCGAUGCCCCCCUCAAGUUCGUCGACGUCGCCAUCCCCACUAACAACAAGUCCCGCAACUCCAUCGGCCUCAUGUGGUGGCUCCUCGCCCGCGAGGUCCUCCGUCUCCGCGGCACCAUCCCCCGCACCCCCGAAGGCUGGAGCGUCAUGGUGGAUAUGUUCUUCUACCGUGACCCCGAGGAGGUCGAGAAGCAGCAGCAGGACGAGGCGGCCGCAAAGGCGGCUGCGGCUGCUGGCGAGGUCGCCGAGGCACCCCUCAACGAGUGGGACCCGACUGCGGCCCCUGCCGCUGGUGGCAUCAACCCGGCUUUGGUUGCCGGCGAGGGUGGUGCUCUCGACUGGUCUGCAGAGCCGACGACGACUGGCCCGACGGACUGGGCAGCAGAGCCAGCGGCUGCGUCUGGCUGGGGUGCGGAUGCGGCGGGCGCUGCGACUGGCUGGGACUAA